CUGGAUGUACGUCAGCUGUGGGUUAUAUAUCUCAACCCUUUUUCGUAGUUGCUGUGUCUGCUUUCGGGAUCAGCAUAUUGCCCACUCCCGGACUUACUCUUUCAGAUUCUUGUAUCGCACAGCAUCUGUACGUGCUUCAUUUACCGCAUCAACAAAGUAGCAAAUCGGGACGGUUCCAUGAAGACUUAGGUUGAAGACAGACCCAGGUAUGCAGAACAGCAGGGCGAGCCAUUUCAAAAGCAGAGCGGGAUGCCGGACUUGCAAAAGGAGAAGAAUUAAAUGCGACGAGAUCAAGCCAUGCUGCAUCCGUUGCCUGUCGGGAAACAGAAUAUGCGAGGGUUACGGGAUUGUCAUAGAUGCACCAAAACGUCCUACGUCUAAGAUCAUCAAAAUCCAAAAGGCCAAGGGACACGCAAAUUCAUGGUCAGAAAUCCAGCCGAAGGUCAUGACAACUUUGGAUGUCAUUCCGUUCCUCAAUCAUUCGGAAUCUGCGGCAUUCGAUCUUUUCAGGUCUCAAACGAUCCGUGAAAUGUCUGGAUUACGUUCAUCUAACUUUUGGAAAAAGAUUGCCUUGCCUGCAUGCUACUCAGUUCCCGCGAUUCUUCAUGCUUCUAUGGCGCUGGCGAGUGCGGGUCGAUGGUCCCAAGCGUCUCGCAAAGGCUAUCACCCGCUCGGUAGUGAUCUCAUGAAACUCGAUACUGUUCAUUACUACAACAAAGCCAUUCAACACCUCAAAAUACAUGUCGCGAAGCAUGGAGAUCUUUCGUCUCUGAAGAUCUCUCUUAUUGCUUGCAUACUCUUUAUCGCUCUUGAGCUGUCGACUGGACGCUUUGGGCAGGCUUUAAUGCACUUGAACCAGGGCCGAAAAUUACUGCAUACAACUUCAUCAUCUAAGCUAUCAGCAAAAUGUGAUUCGAAGGUCAGCACGAAAACGGCACGCUUGCUAUCAAGCUUCCACUCGACAGAGGACGAGAUAGUCUCCGUCUUUGCUGACUUGGAUCUCCAAGCCACGUACUUUGGCUCAGAAAGACCACAGCUCACGCUUGGUUCUCACAGUUCGGCAGAAAUCCACGGCCCUAAAUCACAAUUCUCGCUUGCCCUUCCGAAGCAUUUCUCUUUCAUGCAAGAAGCAAAUCAGUACCUAGUCAUAAUUACGAACAAGUGCUUGCAGUUCGUAGGUCAGGAGCUUGACCACGAUCAACAUACACGACAGAACGAAUCAUCGAACUUCCAUCGUCAGUAUCUAUACAAGACGCUCAAAGACUGGCGAAAACGCUAUAAGGAAAUCUGCUCCAAAGCAGUUGUGUCUGACAGCUCUGACACAUGGAAACAAUAUUCAAGUCUGAUGUGUCUGCAUCACACUUGGCUCAGCAUCGUGUUACCGACAUCAUAUGCAGAGACCGAAGAGACCGAUUUCGACUCGUACUUUCGAGAGUUCGCUACAAUUGUAGAUCUUGCCAAUAGCAUACUUUCAGAAGACGCAUCGAAGCGACUUUCAUUGGAGUUUGGAUUGGUCGCUCCACUUUCCUGGACUGUGAAAAAUUGCCGCCACCCACAGAUCCGGCGAAAAGCCCUUCAUCUUCUUACACAGGCUGGCCGAGAAGGACUAUGGGAGCCGAGAUUAAUGACCCAGCUUGGCCGUGAGUUGAUCUUGUUGGAGGAAGGAAUCGAAAAGCUAGAAUAUCUGGACUUGCAUGCUGAAAGAUCUUAUGGCGACGAAGAUUUGGUUCCACUGGAGCGUCGUAUUAGCACUGUAUCAGUGUCUCUUGAGAUUGGAGAGCAUCCUGAACUAUGCAUCACGUUUCAGCGAAAGGCAUGGAGCUACGGACAAUGCAUUGGUAUGGAGACAAUUAUACGCCGGCAACCAUACGAGUCACUUCUCCCCGAAGAGUAGAUCUUAGGAGCAUGCUCUGGUAGGAUCAUGGAAUAGCGGUGUGCGGAGUAGCGUAACUAACAGUGAAAACAUCGGCCUGCGAUCCUACAAAUAUUCCAAAUCCGCUCAGCGAAAAUGACCGGGCUGUGCAGGAUACCGUCUUCGGAGCGGCUCUGAAACUUGACACGGUGUCCAAU